AUGGCAGCCCCGAGCUCACUGCUGCUGGCCAUACUGCUGUGGGUCCCUGCAGAGACGCUGACCUGCAUCGGGGACUCGGGGAAACCUGUGGACUGGUUUGUCAUCUAUAAGCUGCCUAAAAAGUGUGAUGACGGGUCUGCGGUGCCCGAUAGAUCUGUACUGCCCAACGGUCUGAGCUACAAGUACUUGGAUGCCAAGUCCAAAGACUGGCAGGAUGGAGUGGGCACCAUCAGAGAGCCGAAGGGAGCUUUGGCACUCACCUUGGCACCACUUUACCAGAAUAACAAAAGCCAGAUUGCCUUCCUGCUCUACAAUGACCAGCCCCCCCCACUCACCGGGAAAACCAAUGGGCAAUCUGGGCAUUCCAAGGGGGUGGUGCUCCUGGACCUAGAUGAGGGUUUCUGGCUAGUCCACAGUGUGCCCAAGUUCCCUCCACAUACAAGCAAUCCGGCAUUCAGCUGGCCCUCAAAUGCACAAUGUUAUGGGCAGACACUGUUCUGUGUGACAUUUCCUUCCUCCCAGUUCCAUGACAUUGGCAAACAGCUGUCCUAUAUCUACCCAUUGGUGUAUGACAAGGAUCUGAAAAUCAUCGAAGACAAUCUGCCUGAACUGGUGGCUGUGGCUAAGGGUCAGCGUGUGCAACGGGAGCCAUGGAAAAGGAGCGUGAACCUGAUCUCCAAGGCAGGUGCCACCUUCCAGAGUUUUGCCAAGGCUAGCAAUUUUAAAGAUGACCUGUACUCGGGCUGGGUGGCAGAAGCCCUGGGCAGCGACCUGCAGGUUCAGUUCUGGCGCAGGAAGACCAUGCCUCCCAGCUGCUCGGGGCAGUACCACGUGUCUGAUGUGAUCAAUAUCGAGUUCCCGGGAGGGCCAUCCUACAGGUCCACAAAGGACCACUCCAAGUGGGCUGUUGCCUCUACAUCUACAAAGACCUGGGUCUGUGUGAGCGACCUGAAUCGGAGCUAUGGUGGGUACUUGCGGGGCGGAGGUGCCCUUUGCACUCAGAUCCGCAACCUCUUCAAUUCCUUCAAGUCUCUGGUGAAGAUGGUCCAACCUUGUCCACACCCUGUCCAUCCAUCAUCCUAA